GCCAGCACGCCAUGCAAAAAUCUUUAAACUCUGAGUACUUGAUAUCGCCAGAGCAAUGCUCGUCGUAGACGUGUUUUAAAUUCAUUUCGUCUUGUUUGAAAAGCACUAUAAAAUUAGCAUUGUCGCGGAUCAAUUGUUUCGGGACGCGUGAAUACGAUUGUGCCAAGUAACACACAUCUAUAAGAUGAUGUCUUGAGCGGGUAAAAUAUGAGCGAACAAUGUUAUGAUUAUUAGUUAUGACGUCGUCAAAAAGAAAAACCGAGUUAGGUAGAGCUUUUUCCGGCUGAAUAACAGUUUCGUUCUCGCUGAAUUUAUAUAAUUUAACGCCCGGAACACCGCUCAAAAUUUUAUCGAGCAUUACAUAUUUAGCUUGAUCUAACGUUUUUGAAUAAAUAUACACAUUUUCAAAUUUAAUCUCGUUCUCGUGAACCAAAAGCGUGAAAAUAAGAUUUGUUUUACCACAUCCGGACGGGCCUACGAUCAGCGCGCGUAUUGUGUUCGGAAACAGCGGUCCAUGUCUCGGGGCGCGCGGUGCAGCUCCGUUAUUACAUAACGAUAGCGGAUCGAUAUUAUCGACUCUGAGCUUUAUCACUUGGUCGACAAACCGCAUUGUAUAAAUACGCGUGACGUUCGAGCGAUGUGCUCAUAUAAUGUUAUCGCGUUCGAAGUACAAGUCCAAUAGCGGAGCAGGACUACUGAACACCGUAAUAAAUAGUCUACCGUUUGAAUUACAUCUGCCCGGUUAUCAGUACUGCGGGCCGGGGACAAAUUUAAAAAAAAGACUCGCUCUCGGCCAGCCGGGAAUAAACGGUUUGGAUUCGGCGUGCAAGGAACACGAUAUAGCUUACGAUAAAAGUAAUUCUUUGACCGAUCGCAGUGCGGCCGACAGUGUAUUGGAAGAUCGUGCUUGGAGCAGAGCGGGGGCAAAAGACGCCGAUUUUAAAGAAAAAGCCGCCGCGUGGUUUGUAACUACGGGUAUGAAGGCUAAAAGAAAAAUCGGUAGUGGCUGUGGGUUCUCUAGUAUAGUCGGGGUGUGUAAAAAAGCGUUAAAAAAAUCGCUAAAAUCGUGUUCGGGAACACCGAAUAUGAAUAGUUUAAUAAAAUCGACUGUCCUUGUCGCACGAAAACAUGUAAAGUCUGCUGCGGGGAGCCGUUCGAAAAAAAUAAAUAAAAAUAAACCGCCUCGCGUCAUCAGAGUUCCGAAAACGGGGGGCUCUUUAACUUUAAUCCCGGUGUUGGCGGGGCUCUCGGCGCUCGGCACCUUGGCCGGCGGCGUUGCUAACAUCGUUAGAACGAUACGCGGUAUUAGAUCGGACGUCGGCACAUCUGUGCAUUUAGGCAAAGGCGUAUAUCUAAGGCCGUAUAAAAGCGCGGGAUCGUAUACUAUAGCACGGAAAUCUAGCGGACUAACAAACGAAAAAAAAAAAAUCGGCGACGCGAAAAAAACAAAAUAAUAAAUCUCGAAAAAUUAAAUCUAAUAAAAAGUCACCGAAAUCAAAAAACUAACUCUGCCCAAUCGUGCCCUUUACGAUUUUGAAAUUAGCGAAUACGCUAAACGCGCGAAAAUAUCUCAUUUCAGAGGCGUAUAUUGCAUAGACAGGUUGCCCGUCGCACCUAGACGCGAAGAAGCUGCGGUCGUUAAUCUAGACUUUGAAAAAAAUAAGGGCACGCAUUGGGUGUGCUAUAAAAAAACCGGAAAAUCAGUUUUGUAUUUCGAUAGUUUUGGUAAUCUUCGUCCGCCGUUAGAAUUGGAAAAAUAUUUUAAGGGCUGCGAUAUCGAAUACAACUACGAGAGAACGCAGGCAUACGAUACUUUUAACUGCGGUCAUUUAUGUUUAAAAUUUUUAACCGCAAAACAAUAAUAAUAUAAUAUAAUAUAAUAUAAUACACAGCCGCCGGCAUGACGUCGCAAACAGUAUCGUUGAGCGGUAACAGUUCCGAAUUGGAAUGCCAUUUUUUCCCGCCACUAGAAUUGCCUGAUAAAUCUGUAAUCGGACUUCUAAGUAUCCAGACAUAUAAUUCUAUACCUAACGUCGAAGCCGGAUGUGAUACACUACAUAUUAUACGCGGUGGGCUGGAGGGGGCGACAAAGAUUAAAAUACCGACCGGAUGUUAUGAAAUAAUUACUCUGGAAACAAAAAUACGUGGACUUUUG